UUGAAUUGUCUUAAAGUGGUGCAAUGUUAUCAUGGGUUUGAGAUAGUCUUAGUCAGGAUAACACAAAGUAUAUCAUGAAUUAUAGUUUAUAUAAAUCUAAAAGCGCAAGAAAAAUGGCUUCUGCAAGAUAUUUAAAACCAACAUAUGCCAAAUCCCUCAUAACAAUAGAAAAAAAAAUUAAAACAAACAAUGAAAUGCUUAUCAGGAAAAGAAUAGACUAUUUGUCAUGUAUGUUUUUUUCCAUGAUUAUCACCGUAGAGUUCCACUGUUUUUUGUUUUUAAAUCAAAUACGAGUCAAUGCGGAAGAGUGAGGGACCUCUGUCAGUCAGAGUACCAUGCUUGUUAGAGGGGGUAACACUGUGCGGUGCCAGGCAGAGGUGACAUUUGAUAGGAAGGUUGAAGGUUGUCUUGCCUCAUAGCUGAAAUGGAGGGAAAGGACAGGGAGGGGUUGGAGGGAUCUAGCAGAGAUUGAAUUUCAACAGGACAGCAUUCCCAAAAAAUUUCAAGACAGACAACGCGAGGCACCAAGGGGACGGGAGAAGAUCGCGGAUGUUCCCUGAGCAAACAACUGGAAGCACAGUUUGUGUACAAGCUGGUCAGAGAGGCAGGCGGACAAGAACUUUGUGCGUAUGAUAGACGGACAUGAUGACAGAGAGAAAGACAGGCAACACGAUGACAAACAGAAGACAAACAAUGUGAUUUUUCAUCCUGUCACUAGUCUCUGUCAGCAGCUGUUUUACACUUAACAGGGUUUGCUCUUAAGUCCAGUUGUUCUACGAAUUCUCAGGAGAGCGGUUUGCAGCGUUCCCUGGCCUGGGAUACACACAGUAAUGGACAGCAGUGACCCACAGGAAGACGAAAGAGGAAGCAGAGGGAAAGAGAGUGAUGGGGAGAGUGGUAAACAGCUAAAGAACCAGCUCAACUGUGAGGAAAAAGGAGAGAAGGAGAAUAAAGGGAACGAGAAGGAGAAGAAGAAAGAGAGCCGGCGUUCUGGGUCUCUAUGGAGGAGUGGAUGGGCGCUGAGUGAAAGACUGGCCAUCAAUGUCUCAGGGAUGCGUUACGAAACUCAGCUCCGCACCUUAGCCCAAUUCCCUGACUCCAUGCUCGGUGACCCCAGGCGGAGGUCGCGGUACUUUGACCCACUUCGAAACGAGCUCUUCCUGGACCGAAAUCGUGCCUGCUUUGAUGCCAUUUUGUACUUUUACCAAUCAGGCGGGAGGCUUCGGAGGCCCGCGAACAUACCACUGGACAUUUUCAUGGACGAGCUGAUAUUCUAUGAGCUGGGAGAGGACAUCAUGAAUCGCUUCAAGGAGGACGAGGGUUUUCCAAAAGAAGAGGAGAGGCCGCUGCCAUCGAACAAUAUCCAGAGGAGAUUGUGGAUGCUGUUUGAGCACCCUGAGUCCUCAUCCGGCGCACGUAUCAUAGCCAUCAUCAGUGUCAUGGUCAUUGUGGUGUCCAUCCUCAUCUUCUGCCUGGAGACACUGCCCGACUUCAGGUCUGAGAAAGAGAUACGAGAGGAAUAUUAUUACAGGUACCACUCCCAGGCAAAGAAUGUUUCUGAGAACAUGCCUCCUCCAAACAGUGCUUUCCAAGACCCCUUCUUCAUGGUGGAGACCAUCUGUAUAUGCUGGUUCUCCUUUGAGCUCCUCAUGCGCUUUGCUUGCUGUCCCAGCAAACCGCACUUCUUCAAGGAUGUCAUGAACUUCAUCGAUUUCAGUGCUAUCCUGCCCUAUUUUGUCACAUUGGGAACGGAGCUGGCCAAGGACAAUGACGCCUCUCCAGCCACAUCCUUGGCCAUCAUCAGAGUCAUCAGGUUAGUGAGGGUGUUCAGGAUCUUCAAGUUGUCUCGUCACUCCAAGGGCCUCCAGAUCCUGGGUCAGACACUGAGGGCUAGCAUGCGCGAGCUGGGCCUGCUGAUCUUCUUCCUGUUUAUUGGCGUAAUCCUCUUCUCCAGCGCCAUCUACUUUGCCGAGGCUGAUCACACUGACACCGACUUCAUUAGCAUACCACACGCCUUCUGGUGGGCAGUUGUCACCAUGACCACAGUGGGCUAUGGUGACAUGUACCCAGAAACAGUGUGGGGUAAGAUGGUUGGCUCGAUGUGUGCCAUUGCUGGCGUGCUCACCAUCUCGCUGCCAGUGCCUGUCAUAGUGUCCAAUUUUAGCUACUUCUACCAUCGGGAGACUGAAUGUGAGGAUCAUACCGAGUACAAACACGUCCAGACGAGUCUUUGGGAGGAGGAGGGGCCAGAAGGGGAGGAAAUAGAGGAAGGUGAUAGAGAUCCGGAGGGAGAUUAUUAUGCCAUUGAAGGUAUCUGCAACCCUUUGAAUGGGACCUUGCUGGCCGGACUGUGUACAGGGCAAAGCCCAGAGUUCAGAGGAGGAAACAUGUAUCUGAGGGAACCAUUGGUUACUCAAGUGUAGGGAGGGUGAGUGUUGUUUUGUAGCUUUCAAUAAAGACACAGUCGGAAGUGAACAAAAAAUCAGAAUGAAACACAAUGAAUGAAAUGAGAAAAAAGGAAACUGGAAAAUAAAACUGCCUUUUGUUGUUCAUUUAAAGGUAUUUAUGACAGCACUUGCCAGCCAAAUGUCACUGAAAGGCAACUUUUGUAUAAUAUAGCUUUAAAAAAGCCACAAAAAAAAAAGACUGAGUGAGUUUAACAUUCUCAGGGUCUUGAUAUAAAUAUAGUAUGAGCUGUUAUUUAUUAAUGCUAUCAGCUUUGUGUUUUAAAAUGACUUUCUGAAUGUCCUUUCUGUGCCUUAAAACUAUGAUGUCUUAGUCACUUUGAUGUCACUUUUUGGCUUAAUGUUUGAAGUGGAAACAGAUAGAUUAUCGACAAUAUAGACGUCACCAAAACUCAACCAAACACCAGCAGAGCUGUCGCCACGGACAGAUCGAGAUUCCCUCGUCAACCAACCCCACAUUCUCAACAUUCUCCUGUAGGUAAUGUACAAAGUUCACAUUUGUGUAGAUUUGGCUCAUGUGACCUGAAGCGACUGACGUGACCUUUAUUGCUGUAACACAACACUGUCGCAUUACUCAGUGACACGGUGUGACCCAUUUGUGUUAAAGGGGAACGUUUUGAUUGCAGAAGUUCUGUAUUUACCUGCUCAAAUAUGCUCUCAGUGUUUUUAAUAAAGAUUUUAUUUUGUUAA